UGGUAUCGUUAUGACCUGCUUCCGGCUGCGGUCUCCAUCCAGCGCAACUCGUGACUCAUUUUAUUUACCGCUAUCAAAAAUACCGGAGAGAUACCAGUACAACAACCGGCUGCUGGUUCUACGAAUGGGUCCAAAUGAGCCCCACAUUAAACUAAACAUGCUUUUUCGGAUAUAGCUCGUCAGUUAAAGCUGCUGUAAACGACGAAUUAUGUGGCGAGUCCAGGGUUUUGUUGGAAGAGUUCUGCAUCGAUGCCAUGGCAGCACCCCCCUGCGACUGUCCCAGAACCACCAUGUGGAGGAUGAGGUCAUCAACAACUCAGCUGUCCUCUCCACCUCUCGACACUCUUCUGACAGCAGCUCUCAGGGAGAGGAAGAUGGAGAGAGGAGGAAGAAGAAAAGGACCUUUCAGUUUGACAACGCUGAACUUCCACAUUACACAGCACUCGACGCUGUGGGAUGGGGUGCAGCAGCAGCUCUGUUCAUGCAAAUCUGCAGGAGGAUCCACUCCCAGUUCUCUUCCAGCACUGAACCCAAUCUGACCUCUGGAGCCCUGACAGCACCCUCCUCCCUGAACAAGUGUGGCUAUCGCAUCCUGCUGGAGAUCUUAUCCAGACGUGAUGUCCUGCCCAGAAGAAGGAGUGUGUUGUGUCUGCAGGCAGCGCCAGAGAGACAAAGCAGAGAUCAGUCCUCAGCUCAGAGCAGCAGCAGCACAAGCAGUGCAGGUGACCCCAGUACUCUCAGCAGUAGUGACCAGGACCAUCUGACAGCUGAGAGCUCCAUCGCUGACCACCAGUGGCCACUCCUGAACAAGGAUUCACCUGUACCUGACGAAUCACUUCAGUCAGCAACCUGCCCUCUGCAGAAUGAUGCUAAACAAGCCAACACAGAGACAAAAGAUGCUAAUGACAAGGACAUGCCAGAUGAAGAGAGGCUGGCAGGAGCAGCACAGAACCUCAAACACAUGGGAGACACCAGUGUUCCUGUUAUCCUCAACAUCAUCGGUACAGAAAAUGCCAAGAAUGAGAACUAUGGGGAAGCUUUUACGUGUUUUCUAGCUGCAGCUCAGCAGGGCUACAGCAAAGCCCAGUUCAAUACAGGUGUAUGCUAUGAGAAGGGCAGAGGAGUUGGCAUGGACAAAGAGAAGGCUCUGUAUUACUACAGGCAAGCAGCAACUGGAGGUCACAGACAGGCUCAGUACCGCUAUGCAAAGCUACUCCUGACCAGCAGGGGGCACCAGAGCAUAAAGGAGCUCAACAAAGCCGUUGACCUGCUGGAAAAGGCUGCUGAAGCUGGGCUCACCAAGGCUCAGCUCUGUCUGGCUUCGGUUUACUCUCGGGAGCCAGUGAGAGAUGGGAGCAAGUCUGUGAAGUACCUGAAGAUGGCAGCAGAGAGCGGAGAUGACACCGCCCUACUGUUCCUGGGUCAGUGUUAUGAAAGCGGAUUUGGGGUGCAGCAGGAUCUGAGAACAGCAGCUGAAUUAUUCAAACGAGCCUCACAAGCAGGGAACAAGCAGGCUAAGAGCUUACUGACGCCUCCUGGUGAAGCAGAAGAUGCAAUGCUGCGCUCUAUUCGAUCAGCUCCGUGUUUCUCUGUGGCCGACCGCGGCUCCAGCCUCUCCUCUCUGGCCAGUUGCGUCCCUCCCUCCACCCUUCCUCUUCUGCCUCACUCCUGGAGCACCGGGAGCCUGUGUGUCCCCCCACCGCUGUCCAACACGGCUCUUCACUUCCAUCCCCACCACACAGAGGGACAAACCUGCCAGUGGACUGUUGGGAUAGGAUAGUUAUCCUGAGCCAGCACAGAUCAAACUGAGGAAUGCAUUUCAUAGUAUGGAUGUAUUUUUGCCAUUGGAGAACUGUCGGUGUUUUAGGAGUGUAAAUAUUGUGAAGUCUGGGAUAGAUUUUAUACUUGGGUCGAUUUAUGAGACAUGUUAAUAUAUAUUUUUAUGAGUCAGAAAGAGGUCUUAUGUGUAAAAUGAGAGAUGGAAGCGUUUCUAUUAUGUUUCUAUGAGGUAAAGUGUGAAUAAGGUGCCUUUUAGGGGAGUUGAAAAUCUUAGUUACUUUUUUUCUCAAAUGCAGGAGUAAUCACAUAAAAAGGUAUCAAAAUGUUGUCUCCUGCAAAAUGUAUUACUGACUAAAUGCUUCACAUUGGUGUCAUAUUUCAUCCUUCAAUAUUGCAGCUUGAUAGGUAAAAUGGUUGUGCUGUUAUCAAAGUACAACUUCAGAUUAAAAAGGAACAGUUACCCUGUGUUUUAUGUGUCUGACACAUGCCAAAGUGAAUUGUGAUGUUUUGCUGUUAAAUGCACAUUUUAGGUAAAAGAAUUAAAAAUAAUCCCAAAAUGUUAUUUUGUUGCC